AUGGCUAUCUUCGAGACACUUCAGACUGCCUUUGACAGUGCAGACAUCCCAUGGAAAUCCAUCAUCACAUUAUUCACAGUUGGCCAAUUUGCCUUCGAAACAUAUUUAACUUUACGCCAGUAUAAGGCUUUAAAUAUUAAAACUCUACCACCAGUAUUGAAACAUGAGAUCGACCAAGAUACCUUCGAUAAAUCAAGACGUUAUUCUAAGGCAAAGGCCAAAUUCUCUAUAUUCUCAGACGUCUUUGGCUUGUUUCAAAAUUUAUUCUUUAUUAAGUACGAUGUAUUACCUAAAUUAUGGAAUACCAGUGUUAUGCUAGCAACCAAUUAUCUACCUACUAGAUUUGCCCCAGUCUCUACAAUUGCCCAAAGUUUAUGUUUCUUAGGAUUAAUGACAAAUUUGUCUAAUAUCAUUGGCUUACCGUUAUCUUAUUAUCAUCAUUUUGUCUUGGAAGAAAAAUUCGGUUUUAAUAAGUUGACUGUUAAAUUAUGGAUUCAAGAUAUGAUUAAGAGUAAUUGUUUGGCUACCUUGAUCGGUGGUCCAGUCUUAUAUUUAUUCUUAUGGAUUUUCGAUAAAUUCCAAUCCAAUUUCUUAUGGUACAUUUGUUUAUUUAUUUUUGUGGUUCAAAUAUUGGCUAUGACUAUAAUCCCAGUGUUUAUUAUGCCAUUAUUUAAUAAAUUUACUCCAUUAGAAGAUGGUAAGUUAAAGAAAUCUAUCGAAGACUUAGCUAGCUCAGUUAACUUCCCAUUGGAUAAAAUAUUUGUUAUUGAUGGCUCUAAGAGAUCUUCUCAUUCUAAUGCUUAUUUCACUGGACUACCUUUCACAAGUAAACGUAUCGUUCUUUAUGAUACUUUAGUCAAGGAAAGUACUGUAGAAGAAAUUACUGCUGUUUUGGCUCAUGAAAUCGGCCAUUGGCAAAAGAACCAUGUUUUGAACAUGGUUAUUUUCAGUCAAAUCCAUAUCUUUGUCAUUUUCUCUCUAUUCACCAGUGUUUAUCGUAAUAAUUCUUUCUACAACUCUUUUGGGUUCUUUAUCGGUGAAAAGACUGAUGAAUUUUUAUUAGAAAAAAUGGUUUCCUCUUUUUCAUCUAAGAAUUCUACUGUUCUAACUUCUACAUUCCCAACAAUUAUUGGGUUCAUGUUAUUCAAUGAUUUAUUGACUCCAUUAGAUUGUUGUAUGCAAUUUGGUAUUAGUUUGCUUUCAAGAUGGCAAGAAUAUCAAGCUGAUGCCUAUGCUAAAUCUUUGAAAUUCACUCAUCAUUUAUCUCGUGCUUUAAUUAAUUUACAAAUUAAAAAUCUAUCUACUAUGAAUGUCGAUUCAUUAUAUUCAAGCUAUCAUUACUCUCAUCCAACUUUAGCUGAAAGAUUAUCUGCUUUAGGUUACGUCAGUGAAAAGAAGAAAGAAUAA